UCCUCUGAAAAUGGCUGAUCAUCAGGCUGAGCGUGCUUUCCAAAAGCAAAUCGGAGUCAACUUGAACCGCAAGGCUACUCUUGGUCCAAAAACAAAGAAGCCAGCUCGGUUAUUCAGAAACAUUGGACUUGGCUUCAAGACACCACAAGAAGCAAUCUCCGGUCACUACAUCGACAAAAAAUGUCCCUUCACCGGAUCCGUUUCCAUUCGUGGCCGUAUCCUUACCGGAGUCGUGCGUAAGAUGAAGAUGCAACGUACCAUCGUCAUUCGUCGCGAUUACUUGCACUUUGUUCGCAAAUACAACCGUUUCGAGAAACGACACACAAACACCAGCGUACACAUGUCACCCUGCUUCCGUGAUGUGCAACUCGGUGAUAUCGCGACAGUCGGCGAAUGCAGACCCUUGUCCAAGACAGUCCGUUUCAACGUGCUCAAGGUUGUGCGUGCUGCUGGUUCCAAGAAAAAGUUCAGCAAAUUCUAAUUCCUUGGCGUAAUAUUUGUAUUUUGAAACGAGAAACAUGAAAUUAACACAAAAAUAAAAUCUUUUGUGACAAGAACAUCUUAAAAAAA